UGGAAGUCGCCACCAAGGCCAAUCCCUGGGACGGGAAGACACUGAAACCUGAGAGUGUGCGAUCACAGCUGAACACGUCCCUGGAGAGGCUGAAGCGGACGAGCGUGGAGCUCUUCUACCUCCAUGCCCCUGACCAUGGGACCCCGGUGGAGGAGACGCUGCGUGCCUGCAACGAGCUGCACAAAGAAGGAAAAUUUAAAGAACUUGGUCUAUCAAACUACGCAGCAUGGGAGGUUGCUGAAAUCUGCACCAUCUGCAAAUACAACAACUGGGUGAUGCCAACUGUGUACCAGGGCAUGUACAACGCGACCACCCGCCAGGUGGAAGCUGAGCUGUUCCCUUGCCUGAGAUACUACGGCCUGCGGUUCUAUGCCUACAAUCCCCUUGCAGGAGGGCUGUUGACUGGCAAGUACAAAUACGAGGACAAAGACACGCGCCAGCCUACUGGAAGGUUUUUUGGGAAUGACUGGGCUCAGGCCUACAGAGACAGAUACUGGAAAAAACACAAUUUCGAAGGAAUUGCCCUAGUAGAAAAAGCUCUGAAAGAUGCUUAUGGCUCCAACGCGCCGAGCCCCACCUCUGCAGCGUUGCGUUGGUUGUACAAUCACUCCAAACUGCAGGGUUCUCUUGGCGAUGCAGUGAUCGUUGGGAUGUCCAACCUGGAGCAGCUAGAGCAGAACCUUAACUACAGCGAAGAGGGUCCCCUGCUCCCAGCCGUCGUGGAGGCGUUUGAUAAAGCCUGGAACUUGACGGCACACGACUGCCCCAACUAUUUCCGCUAGAGACCAGGGUGGGGAGAAGCAAGUG